GGUAUUUUUCCACCCAAGCUGACCCAUAUAUUGGGCCGGUCGACCUCGGGCAGGUCGUGAAAUCAGUAAACUGGGCCCAUUCCCCCACUCCCCGCUACUCUCUACUGGCGUGAAAUUUAAAAAAGUGUCCGGAAGUUUCCCGAGCGGCGAAUACAAACAAAACAACAACAACAAAAAACAAUAAGAGAAAACCAUUAAAAAAAAACACCGUUCAACAAUUUCACGGGUUCGUCGCCUGCCAGCGCGUUGGCAUCUUUCGUGUACGGGCGGCUUCCCGUCAGCGUCAGCGCCGUGCUUUCCCGUGGCUUUAUGCAACUGUUCGCUACUGGUGCUUUCCCGCUCUCUCUCUCUCACACACACAGGUCGCUGGUCGGUGGUACUAGAGGAGAGGGGAGUGCAUAGAGCGUGGGGAACAACAACGGCACAAAGGUGUGUGUAACCACUCCGUUUUUGGAAUUGUGCAGCAGCAUCACGCCUAGCCGAACGCGUUUAACGCGCGAGCAGGAUAGAACAUAGAGAGAGAGAGAGGGAGGGAGAAAGAGACAGAGCGCUCGCGCGCAAGAGAGUGAGCAAGACAGUCGCGAUGGGGGGAGAACUAACAAGCGUAUGAAAUGUACCGUACGGUCAUGCUCUCUCUCUUUCUAUUUCUCUCUUUUUCUCUUUCUCUCUCUCUUUCUCUCGCUCUCUCUCUGUAUGUCAGUGGACUAUUCCACCCUUCCCUUGCGUGUCCGGUGCGGGACUGGCACACGGUGGACGGUGGGUUUGGCUUAGGGGGUUGUGUGCCUCCAGCAGUUUGGUCAUGCCACUGCCAAUUCAGCCCGCGUUUGGUGCGCUUAAGUGAAAGCGCUCUCCCGUCGUACCAGCGCCAACCCAAAGCCAAACCGCUCUUUCACCUGAAUCACCAUCACUGCGCACAUCCCACCCCCUUCCCAUUUAAGAAAAUCGAUCGUACCGCGCGACGUAGUGAAUGUCCUUCAAGCAGGGUGCGAGUUGGGCAACAAGAAAGGGGCACCCUGUGGGAAGAUUACAAAAUUGUGUCACGCGGGGCGGGGGGCUACUCCGAAAUACAAAACAAAAAACAGAAAACCAAAACAAAGGCAAGGUGAACAGCAGCACCCCAUCAAAGAGAGAGAGAGUGCGAGAGAAGGGGAAAAUAGUCAACCACAAGGGUCUGUUUUUUUUUUAAUGUGUGCGUGUGUUUAGCUUGGUGGUGUCGUGUGCGAUCGGUCGUGUACGUGAAUCAGUUAGUUGUGGUCCGUUAUUGCAGUUCGAUUUAUGGAUAGACGCAUCUGUGGCGGCCGUGCUCUGUGUGCCGUCGCUCCCUGAACUGCCCUGCACGGAACCUGGCGAAUGCUACUGCACUGUGCAACGCGACGCCGCUAAAACCCAUGGCUCGGCUAGUGUGGGCCUUCCUGCUGCUGGUGGCGUGCACCUGCAGCAGCACGCACGCCAACGAACCGUCCGCCAAAUCACUGCAUCAACCGCAGCGGCAGCAGCAGCUGCUGCUGUCCCGCCGUGACGCCUUCGAGCUGGCCCAGGAGCGGGAGCAGGUGCUGGCCGCCCAGCAGUCGAUCGCGUCCUGGCGCCAAACGCUGCACCAGCAUGGCCGCCCGGCGGUGGACGAGCCCGGUACGGCCGACCCGCACGACGAGUCGGAGCUGCAGCGUCCCGAGCAGCGGCGCCGCCGCCGCCGCAAGCGGGCCGACCCUAAGGAGGGCGGCCUGAGGAACGAAACGCUUGGUCCGGACGCGCCCACCGACCCGGACGACGGCGGGGACGAUCCGGACACGUCCGUCGUCUGCUACGGGCCGCUCGGGUGCUUCCACGAGACGGAGCACCUGCCGGAGAUGCUGCCAUCCUCGCCGGCGGAGGUCAGCACGCGCUUCCUGGUGUACACCACCACCCACCGCAGCGAAAAACCGCUGAUCGAGUUCACGUACGAGGAGCUGGUGGUGGCCGGGUUCGGUGCCGCCUACUGGGCGAACGGGACGAACGACACCGUCUCGAUCCCGGUCGCGACCGGCACGUCCUCCACGCUGCUGCAAACGUUCGGCGACCUGAGCAACCGGACGGUGCGCGUGAUCGUGCACGGGUUCGGCUCCAACUGUGGCCUGGUGUGGAUCUACGAGAUGCGCACCGCCCUGAUGGCAGUGGAAAACUGUACCGUGAUCUGCGUCGACUGGGAGAAUGGCGCGAAGCUGCCGAAUUACGUGCGCGCCGCCGCCAACACGCGGCUGGUCGGGCGGCAAUUAGCGCUGCUGCUGCGGCUGCUCCGCACGCACAACGGGCUGCGGUUGUCGCGCGUGCACCUGAUCGGCUUCAGCCUCGGGUCGCACGUGGCCGGCUUUGCCGGGGCCGAAUUCUCCACCCCAUCGGAGCAGGAGGAGCAGAUGGAGAAGGAAGAGGAGGAGAAGGAGGAGAAGGAGGAGGAGCACGACGGCGAGGAGGAGGCGGAUGCCGAUGAGCUGCAGCGUACGGCGCGGGCGGGCAACCCCUCGGCCCACCCGGGCACGGAGCGGCCCGCCAGCCGGGCUGGGCUGUGGCGUAUAACGGGCCUGGAUCCGGCGGGGCCACUGUUCGAGGCACAGCCGCCCGAGGUGCGGCUGGACGCGGGGGACGCCCGGUACGUGGACGUGAUACACUCGAACGGCGAGAACCUCAUACUCGGCGGGCUCGGCUCCUGGCAGCCGAUGGGCACGGUCGACUACUACCCGAACGGGGGGCGGGUGCAGCACGGCUGCACCAAUCUGUUCGUCGGCGCCGUCACGGACAUUAUCUGGGCACCACCGACGACGGUCGAGGGUCGGUCGCUGUGCAACCACCGGCGGGCGUACAAGUUCUUCAUCGACUCGGUCGCGCCGCGCUGCCACUUUCCCGCCUUCCCGUGCGAAAGCUACGACCAGUUUGCGGCGGGCGAGUGCUUCGACUGCGGCAACGGGACGGCCCGGUCCGCCUGCGGCCGCAUGGGCUAUUACGCGACCAGCCGGGACGUGGGCGGGUACGGCCAGCUGUACCUGCGCACGCGCGACGAGGAGCCGUACUGCGCGAACCAGUUCCGGUUGCGGCUGCGUAACGCGCCGGACGAGCUGCCGCUGCGCACGGUCGGCCGGUUCGAGCUGACGCUCGAGGGCGGCGACACCGGCAACGGGAUCGAGGACGGGCAGCCGAGCGGCGGUGCCGCCCCGCCCCUGCUCACCUUCAACGAGACGUUCCAUCUGGACGAGGCGCGGGAGGACCGCGAGUUCCAUGCCGGCCAGUGGCUGACGACGAUCCUGGUGCCGCAUCCGGCGCUGGGGCACCGGCCGCGGGCCCUCACGAUCACGUACCGGCCGUACCGGGGCGGCUGGUGGCAGCGCUCGAGCGUCGGCAAGCAGCUGUGGCGCAUCGGCCCGAUACUGCUGACCGCGGACGACCAGCGGACGUACGGGUCGUGCGCGACGCUCACGCUGCAGGCGGACGUGCCGGUGCGCAUCGAGCUGCAGUCGAUACUGCUGCACACGCUGGACGAGCCGGACGAGGACGGCAUCGAGUGCCGGGCGGCCGAAGAGCUGAACCACCCUGCGCACACCGCCCACACCGUCGCCGGGGCUAGCGGACCGGCAGCAGCAGCACUGCCGCCAGCACCACCCAAGCCACCGAAAAGCUCGAUCGACGAGCUGACCGUCGGUUCGAAGCAUCCUGCCGGGCACGACCACUUCUCCUGGACGCCGGUCGCGAUCAGCAUACCGCGCCACUCGCCCCAGCCCGUGCACGUCAACGAGAAGCGCUCGUUUUCCGACGCCCUGCUGCCGGGCCAGCAGGAGCAGCAGGAUUCGACGGCCCCCGGCCAGCAGCCGCUGCUGCCACCGACCGCCCAAACCGUGCAGCUGUUUCCCUCCCGGCUGGUGUCGUUCUUCGAGCGGGCGGAGCGGUACGCCCGCCGCACCUGGGACGCCCUGUUCAGCGGCAACGGGACGGACGGGGCGAACGCCCUCCUGCCCAAGCUGGCGGCGCCGAGCGACGCCGCCGCCGACGAAGCGACGGUUGCGACGAGCGUCCCCGAGCUGCUGCUGAUGUCGCCCGCCCGCCACUCGGAGGCCAGCGGCGCACCGGCCCCAGCCACCGGCAGCAGUCCGGCCCCUGGGACAAGCACGCCGCCGCCGCCAACCGAACCGCCAACCACCAGCACCGAGAUACGGAUCGCACUGCCCACCUUCCGGCCGAUGGGGCGCACGCUGGCACCGGACGGGGCGGUCGGCAGCGGCCGCCAGCACUACACCCGCUUCAUACCGCUCGUGUACGAGGAGGGCAGGGACGCGGUAGCCGCCAGUACGGCCGGCGCACGGAAGGCGGCCGCCCGAUCGCGGUAAAGCGCCCUCGCGGCAACCUUUUCUUUUACGAUGUGAUAGCAUUUUCCCUUUUGUUUCUUCACCGCCUCCCCACCCCCACCCCCCCCCCCCCCCCCCUGUAAACCAAACACAUACACAUACACACUGCCCACGCAUACAUUCAUCUACGGAAUAUGUUUGUUUGUUUGUUUGUUUUUUUAUACAUGUAUACAACCUAUUUACAAGUUAGGAUUACUAUAUUAGUUAGGGACGGGCGGAGAUGUGCCCGCGCUAGUGUGUGUGUGUGUGUUCGUGUGCGUGUGUGUGUGUGUGAGUGUGCGAGUGUGCGUCCCCGCUCGACGAUACCCCGCUACUGGCGGUUCCUAGUUGUUAUGUAAUUAUGCUUCUAUUUUUUUUUGUCCUGUGUAACUGCAACGAACGUGCAUAUGAAGCGAAAUAAAGAAUUUCAUAUAUCCGGAGUAUA